AUGGUCCAACCUCAACCGCAUCAUAACAACUAUGAAGAACAUGAAGGGGUGGCUAAUCCGCGAGCAGAAUAUUUGACUGAAUAUCAACCAAGCGCCUAUCAAACGUCCAAAGACCAUCACGAAAAUAAUAUUUGUGGAUUGCCAAGGGGAAUUAACAGCCAUCAUGAUACAGUCCUCAAUCACCAUGAAAAGCAGUUGAUCAUUUCGCAAUUUUGGGACAAGUUUCAUCAGAACAUUGUCGAACAAGCGAGAAAAAAACAAUAA